AUGGGUCAGUGUGGGGAAAGGAGGGUGGUGUUUGUGUGGGAGUACGCGUGUAAAUUUCUGUACUUUUUCACGUGGUCCACGUCAACAGUAUCUGCUGCAAUGUUACUUGUGAUAGCUAUAAAUAGAUACCUGAAGGUGUGUCGACCUAAUUCAACCCAAAUGACAUCUUCAAAGAGGAAGCUUGCUCUUGGUUGCACCGUUUUGUUAUCAACUGCGAUUACCUUACCUUUGUUUCAUUUUAUGGGGCCCAUUGAGGGGUCGCUUGAUAUAAAUAAUGCUACGAUCAAUGUCACAACCUGUGGAGUCAAAAAGGAACUGGCUGGUGUUUCAUCUAGAAUUUACUUUUUCUUCGAACUCCUUCUUAGUUUAAUCAAUAUGAUUCUGACUGUGGCCCUGUAUAUUCCAAUAGGCAUCACCAUUUACCAAAAGUUUCACAGUAUUCGAAAUUCCAAACGUGUUAAAAAAUUAUUAGGAAUAACAAACUCGGAGAUGUCAGACGUUGGAACUUCAGAUGACACGAGUGAGACUACGAAAGUUAACAACGUCAACUACAAAGAUGCCCUUCAGAAUGUUUUAGACACAUCAGUGUGCGAACGGAAAAACUCCCACAGAAGACGCAUACGUCAUAACUUUACUUCUAUGUUUGUUACCAUCGUUCUGGUCUAUGUGUUGUCCUACCUGCCAACAUUUAUCUUAAUUAUUCUACCCAGUAAAAAUCCGUUUGCGUUUUGGUUCUACCGUGAUGACGUUUCUCUGAAUAUUUUAGUUAUUUUGAAGAGAUCAUUUAUCAUAAAUCACAUCGUUAAUCCCUUAGUAUAUGGUUAUUUUGAUUUACAUUUUCGCAGCCUUUUCAUGCAGUCUAUUUCAUGUCGGAAAAGAAAUUAG